AUGGCUAACGCUGUGUGCGGCCCCCAAAAGCCGAGUACUAAGAGGCCAGACGACACAACAGAUCUUGCCGAUCUCAAUACCUGCCCCCUGAAUGCGUGCUGCAAUGUUUGGGGUCAAUGUGGCACACUGGAGCUCCAGGAUCCGCGGAGAAGGGCACGAAUGGUUGCAUUUCUAACUGUGGAUGCCUCACAGAUUAACGGGUCAGAGUAA